CGCCCCGAGAUCGCUGGUGCCCUCCAGUAGCUCUGGGGGGCGGGCAGAUGGGAGGAGUGAUGGAACCGUCGGGCGUGGGGAGGGCUAAGUCUAGGUUCUCCCCGAGGAUCAAGAGUCUGGAGGCCUCUGGGUUUGGCGCCCAGGAGGCACUGAGUUGGACCGCUGCGGGGUGGGCGUUGGGUGGACCCGAGGAGGGGCCGAGCUCCCUAGACUCCAGAUUGGCCAAGGGCGGAGUUUGACAUUUAGGGUUGUCUAGGAAGCUUUGGGAAGCUGUGUUGUGGGUGGGGUUUGGGUAAAUGGUAAGGGGGAGGUCAGGGGGCUAUAGAGACCCUUUUGUCAGAGAAACCUAAGCGACAGGGCAUCAGAUAAGCUUUGCUAUAAAUAGGUGACGGAGUAAACUUUGGGAUGAAGUGGACCAAAGAAUAGCUCCUUAGCACCUCUGGUAACACGGGUGCCAUGGCCUUGAUUGAAGGCGUAGGCGAUGAGGUGACUGUCCUUUUCGCGGUGCUUGCCUGCCUUCUGGUGCUGGCCCUCGCCUGGGUCUCAACACACACCACUGAGAGUACAGACCCCCUACCACAGCCGCCAGGGACCACAACACCAGCACAGCCCAGUGAAGCCAUGGCAGCUACUGACAGCAUCAGAGAGGAGCCCCCAGGACCCGAGAGUCCCAGCCUGAGACACAGAGGUCCACCUGCACAGCCAGAGCCUGACACAGGGGUCACAGCAUCAACACCUCCAGACUCGCCACAGGAACCCCUACUGCUACGGUUGAAAUUUCUCAAUGACUCCGAGCAGGUAGCCAGGGCCUGGCCUCAGGACACCAUUGGCUCCUUAAAAAGGACCCAGUUUCCAGGCCGGGAACAGCAGGUUCGACUCAUCUACCAAGGCCAAUUGCUAGGAGACGACACCCAGACACUGGGCAGUCUCCACCUCCCCCCCAACUGCGUUCUCCACUGCCACGUGGCCACGAGAGUCGGUCCCCCACAUCCUCCCUGCCCACCGGGAUCAGAUCCCGGCCCCUCCGGGCUGGAAAUCGGCAGCCUUCUGUUGCCCCUGCUGCUUCUGCUGCUGCUCCUGCUGUGGUACUGCCAGAUCCAGUACCGGCCCUUCUUUCCCCUGACCGCUACCUUGGGCCUGGCCGGCUUCACCCUGCUCCUCAGUCUCCUGGCCUUUGCCAUGUAUCGGCCAUAGUGCCUCCACGGGCUUUUGGCAGCGUAGCCAGCCCCUCCGGACCUCAUUCCCCAAGGCGCAAAGGGAGCUGCUGUCUGCCCAGGCCCACUUCACCCGCUGCCUGUCUUUUCCCACUACCCUGGAGCCCAGCUUUGCGCCGCAGAGGACUCCGGGUGUUAUCGGAGGCCGCUCCGUGUGAUCUUCAUAGCUCUGGGCCAUCUCCCGGGGCUGCUGGCCCCCAGCCUUCGCUGACAGUGGGCUCUUCUGAAUCAGGCACUUGCUGUCGCUGCCUUGGCCCGGCACAGAGCCAGGCCACACCAAAGGGCCCAUCUUAGUGUGCUGACAGAGGAUCUAGAUACAUCUAGUUUCAAAGAGCUGCUUAGGCUGGAGACUGGUGGACUGGGAGACUGGUGAAGGGGAAUUGAGAGGGGCAGAGUUGUUUUCUGGAAUUUGUGCAGAUUAAAGAAACUGUGACGUUUUCACA